UGCUCAAACGUGUAAACAAGAGUGGAAGUAACAAACCAUUCAGUUGUAUGGAGGGAAAAUAUUAGAAGCGUUAAAUAUCAACCGACAUAGAGCGGACUAAAAUGGUAAGCGCCCGCAAAAUGCCAUUAUAGACUUUUAUUUAACUUCGGUCGCUAAUUUAGCUACAUUGGCUGCCUCGGCCAACACAGAGCUAAUAUUAGCAUAGCACCGGUUAGCCUGAUGUUAACCCACGUGUCAAUAUAUUUCAUCUGUUUACGUAUUCACUUUAUAAUUACACGUUUAAGAAAAAAAUAAUAAACACCGGCAUGUGUUAUUGCUGUGCGGUGCUAACUCGUUAUUAAGAAAAAGUUGUGGUAGGUGAGCCAUUAGCCACCACUGUUUGAUAGCAGUGCUGUGAGCCGUCGUUGGGUGGCGCGGUUUAGCUUUGUACUAUGGACUAUACUAAAGAAAACGAAGAUGAUGAUGGAGAGGAAGGCAGCAAAGACGAUCUCUUCUUUAUUGAGGACUCUGGUAGUUCAGAGGGAGAAGAAGAGAUCAAGUUCAGUCACCAGAAAUGCGACAGCAGAUUUAAACAAGCUGCUCGGCUCAGCAGGGAGAGCUCUCCUCAGCUCCUCCUGUUCAACAUCACCUCCAGGCGGGCUACGUCCAGUUUGGACCAACAGGAGGAGGAGGAGGAGGAGGAGGAGGAGGACACUGAUCCCAUCGAGGAGUGGAUGCUUGUGGAAGGAGAGGAGCAGGUGGGAGACUCAAGCAUCCAGCUCAACCUGAGUUACUGGAACAGCUCUGAGGAUGACUCUGGAGAUGAAGAUCAAACUGUGAAGUCAGUGAAGGAUGACUGGGCUGUAUCGGAUAAAGACAAGUACGGUGCUGAUCAGUCUCUGCCCAGCCGCUAUUUUAUGGGUGGUCGUUCUCUGACCUGUAACAUCUGCAACAGGACUGGACACCUUGCCAAGAGCUGCUACUACUACAAGAAGAGUCCCACCUGUAUCCUUUGUGGGAUCCAGGGCCACAUCCAGAGGGACUGUCCGGGCCGCCCCUGCCCCAGCUGUGGACUGCCUUCACACGGCCUGAAGCUCUGCCAAAGGCCCCCGGUGUGGAAACAACACUGCCAUCGCUGUGGGAUGUCGGGGCACCUCUCUGAUGCCUGCCCUGAUACAUGGAGACAAUACCACUUAACAAUCCGGUUAGAGCUUCCAGUCCGGCCAUGGACAGUCCACACCUUCAAACAUAAGAAAUGCCCUUCUCAUUGCUACAACUGCUCCAAGAGGGGACAUUAUGGUUUUGAGUGCACUAGGAGGAGGAUGAUCAGUGGGACUUUUCCCUCACUGCCUUAUGUUUGCCAAUAUGACACCAUGGAGGACAUUCUUCAACAUUUCCCCAAGAAGCAGAAAAAAGCCAAAGAGCUUUUGAGUGCUGGAUCCCUGCCUUUCUCAAACCAGCAGCACUUGCCUGAAGCAACAGGCGAGAGCAGUGAGGAGAACGAGCCGGUCCAGGGGAGGAGCAGUACAAAGCAGGAGACGUGCAGCCGGGCUGGCAGGAGGAAGACAUGGCCAGAGAGGCGCAGAGAGAGACGGGAGGUGAAGAAGCUCAGGAGAGCGGCUCAAGCCCGAAGAGAAGGAGGACUACUGGGGAGAUCCCAGAAAAACAUUGAUGAUGAAGUUUGCCCUGCAAACCCCUGCAGAUCCGCACUCUAUGCUCACAAGCAGUUUACACCCUCGCCACAAAAGAAGAAGAAGAAGAAGAAGAGUGAUGAGGCAGGUGGUAGAAGCCGGAAGAGCAGAGAGUCGGAGAGGUGGAAGAAAAGAGGAGGAAUAAAACGUGGGGAUUUACAUCCUCAUGGUGACGCAGACAUCGGGAGUGAAAACCUUUUUUCUCCCAAACAAAGAGUUCGCCACCGACGAAGAUGAAGUAAUUGUUAAAAAAAACAAAAACAUUUUCAAGGCGUAACAAAAAAUGUUUUUUGUACUUGUCUUUUUAUUGAUUGAUUAAUUUAUUUAUUGCCAAUAAAAAACUGUAGAAUAGCAUAUACAGUUGAAGGUGAUCACCACAGUAGCAGAUUUAAAUGUAUGUAAUCUAUAAUACUGACUGGGCCAAAGGUGUGCAACCAAACUGCCUGUUUGUAUAUAUUAUAUAUUAGGAGAUGGUUUGUUUUCCCUUUAAGUACAAUGCUAAUUUUACAGUACCAUAGCAUUUUCCAUGAUUAAAAUACUUGAUCAGGUAAAAGGCACUGAAUUAUGAUAUGCCUUUCUACGGAGUCAUUUAUACUGUAAAAGCAACGACAAUAAACAUGAAUUUCCAGAUAACCUCAUGCAUAAUUU